CGGCGUUGCUGGACAUCGCGUCCCGCCGCGUGGCACCGCAGCCCGCGCCGCCCCGGGGCUUCGCCCCUCGCGUCACGCCGCGCGCGUUCGGAGCCCUCGCUCCUAAGUAACGAGCGGAGUAAAAGAGAAUGUCGUCACGUCGCAACGGAUCCGUUUCGCGGGCGGCGGAGGCGGCGUCGAAGAAUCGCCUUCACAUGGACCGCAACCCACAGCACUCGAGGAUAACAGACCCAUCGAACCCAGCGGGGCGGAGGAAAGAGAUCGACAACGUGAUGAAGCGAGCCCGGCAGGCCUCGCCGGGCAGCUGGGACAGGAAGCUGCUGGAGGUCGAGGAGAAGGACCCGAACAGAUGGCGUCACACGGGUUACAAGCAGAUGUACUUGGACGGCUCCGGGUCGGCUUCUCCGAGACGAUCUCGCUCCCCGUCGCCGUCGCGCCGCUCGCGCUCGCCGCGCAAGUCGCGCUCGCGCAGCCCGCGCCGCCGCAUGCGUCACCGAGUGUACCUGUCCCCCCCCAGACGCAGCCCCGCGCGGCGCCGGCGCAGCGCCAGCCCGCGCGCGCGCCGCACGCGCCCGCCGCCGCGCCCGCCCAGCCCGCCCGACCCGCGGAAGUCGUCCCCGUCCGGCUCAUCGGCCAGCAGCUGCUCGGACGAGUCGUGCUCCGUCUGCUCGGCUAAGAAUAAGAAGGUUCCGCCGAAACCUAUUAAACCGGGUGCUCGCACGUCCCCAUCACCGCCUCGAACCAAGCGACCGGCCCCACCGGUGGCCGCACGAGCGGUCCAACCGACCAGGGAACUGUUGAAAGCCAGGGAGAGCAGCAAGAGAUCUAGGGAAGAGAAGGUACUGGAGUGGCAGCGCUCGCAGCUGGCCGUGCGGCCCGCGCCGCCCAUACCGCCCGCGCACAUCAAGCGGGAGGGCGAGCGCCGGCCGCGCCCGCCGCGCCCCGAGCGCCCGGACCGGCCCGACCGGACCGACCGGGUGUCGCCGGCCGCCAUCGCCGCCGCGCUCGCCGACAGCGACAGCGACUCCGAGAGCGACGCCAGCUCCGAGCCGCCGCCGCAGCGGCUGACGCUGUCGGAGCGCUUCGGCAAGAUGGCGCAGUGGUCGGCGGCGCGCUGCGCGCGGCUGGAGAACAUGCGCAUCACGCGGCGCGACAGCGCGCUGCACGUGCACAUCGAGCGCGACGACGCCGCGCCCGACGCGCCCGACGCGCCGCGCGCCGACUACCCAGGCCUGGACCCGGCGCCCGUGGGCAGCUACCCCGAGGAGCUGCUGGCGGUCGCUCCCGGGGGCUUGCCCUCGUGGGACGACGUCAGGGUGCGGUACGAUUACUACAAAAAGAGGGGAUACCUGAGAGGUCUCACGCUCGGUGAUUACGUGAAGUGGGAGGAGUGGUGGUACAAGUACCAGGAGUGGCUGAAGAGAGAGCGCGCCUACGAGCGCUGGGCCGAGGGCGAGGGGGGCACGAGCCGCCGCGAGCGUCGCCGGCGCGGCGGGCGCCACCGGCGCAGCUGAGGGCGCGCCGCCCCCGCCGCCGUGCUCUGCGUAGACCUGGCCGCGGGGGCCGCGCACCGCUAGUGCGCGACCCGCCACCCCCGAAGCACCGCCGACCGUCUCGUCGCCGCCGUACGACACCAUCGGUGCGCGUGAAUGUUCAUUUCGGAAGUGCCGACGAAUGAACGACAGUCGCUCGGUGAAGUGAUAUAGUGUUUCGGGUGUGAACUGACUUUUAAAAGUGAGUCUAUAUGUAUAAAAACUUGUAAAACUCGUAUUGGUAGGUGAUUUCAAACGAUUGUAUCUUUACAUUUAUUUUAAUUAUAAAAUGUCUAUUUACUGAAUUGUAUAUGUACAUAAUAUAAUAUUGUAAGGGUCACACACACACACACACACACACGUAGAUACGUUACGAUGUCGCGUCGUCGGGCGUUGCGACAUUAUAAAAUUUCACGUCACGAUAUCGUUGCGUGUUUGUGGGGUGGCCCUAAAUCCA